AUGUCGGUCGGCUCGAGAUGCCGUGCGAACGAGGCACGUCCUCGCGGCCGCGGAGCACUCGAGCAAGGACGAAGCCAACGGGCGACGAGCGUGAGGACGGCAUCCUCAACCGCUGCAGGCAACGCAUGCAUGGACAAGCGAGUAGCGUGCGGGCCGACGGACUGCUCAGUGGAUAGGGUCGUCGGGUCCCGUGCGCCAUGGCGUCCGUCUCAGUCGCCGCCCCUGGCGACGUCGAGAGAGGGCGUCGCGGAAGGGUUGAACGGGCGCGAGCCGGCGAAGAAGAUGGGUUGGUACUGGUACGUACUGUUCAGCGAUUAA